AUGUCUCCUUUGACUCUUUUGAUGUUAGCCUCGAUCUGCGGUUUCUCACUUGCAUCUGGCUUGUUUGGACAUCACGGAUGGGAGCCUCAUCAUCAUGACGAUCAUCACCAUGACCAUCAUGGACAUGGUUCGGAUUGGCACAACGAUAAUCACAAUUCCCAUGGUUGGGAUGGCGAUCAUAGUGAUGAUCAUCAUGGUAAACAUGGCUUUAUCAAAGGAGACGAAUCCGACUGGGCUCGAUUGGAUUACGGUGGCCACAAAGCUCAUAACAGUGGAGAUGAAUGGCACUCGAACUAUGGACAUGAAGCUGGAGAUGAUCAUGGACAUGAUGCCGGAUAUGCUCAUGGUGAUGAACAUGGACAUACUGGACAUGGAUUAUGGGGACACCACGAUGGACACCAUGGUGAUCAUCACGGACAUCAUCCUUGGUGGUAA